CUAUUUGGACGUUUAAUUUAACAAACUGCGGUCGGUAUAACUACUUCUGUAGAUUAAAAUUGCUCUUAUUUCAUUUCAGUUGGUCAUUGUUGAGACCGCGAACUAAUCAAUAAGAAGUGACAAAAUUCCCUAUCUUGUGGAUAAAAUCGAUUCUCUUCAUUGAGAAUUAUGCUGACUAUCUGAAUUGUUAUUUUCUUUAUUCUGAACGAGGAAGACCGUUUUUUUUUUACCACAAAUGGCCGAUUACGUGCAAGUAGAAAACGGCGAAGAGCCGAAUGCAGUAACGUGUGAACAAAACGGCGAGGGGAUGAGUUUGAAUGAUCAAAAUGUCAAAGAGGGAGGCAAUCAGCCGAAAGUUCUUCUGGAACUCGUUGAGCCGACAACUGAAGAAACGCUUCCGGCUGCAACGACCGGCCAAGAGUCAGUUCUGACUGAGAUUACUGGCCAACAUAUACAACAGGUUGCAUCGAAUGGCGAUGACUCGAAAACGACUGAAGAUGAGAACAGCUUUGGAAGUAAUAAUACAGUUGAUUUGAGUCUGUGUUCAGCUAAACCAAUGACGAACAGUAGUUCGAUAGUUGGAGCGGGGUUGGCGCUUGAUGAGAAAGAUAUUCCAAGAACGGAUACUUUGGAAUCGCAUGCUGAAAACAGUAGCUGCAGCUCCUAUUUGAACAUCUCCGAGACAACCGACUCUCAAUGCACUGGAGAAUCAUCUGAGAGCUACGGAGUCCUGACGAAUGCGACCUCGAAUACCUCCAAUCCAGUUGUCCGCGACGAUGACAUUAUUGACAAAUCAAACGAGAGCACUAACUCAUUCGUGGAAGGCGAAACAGAAUCGACUACUUGCGAGUUAGGAUCAACUACUAACGAUGUAAGUCAUGUUAAAUCCGAAGUUACCUGUUUUUUAGAAGACAGCAGUAGCAUUCCUAAUAGUGAAGAAAGUUCAGGUGCUACUGAAUCAAAUGUACCUGAGGCGUCCAAUGAAAACAUUGGGGAUACGAUCUCGGAACCGAGUUCGAUUUCAUUUACCGAACAGACUCGUGAAAUGGAAGUACGAAGUGCGUCUUCGGAAACCGAGACCUGCUCGUCAUUUGCGCAUGGAACCGAGGCCUCGACAGCUUUGGACAGUGAGGACACCUCGUUGGCGACCAGGAGUUUCGACGAAGACAGUUCAACAACUGCAGUGACAUCUAAACAGUUAGUAAACUCAGAGGUAGAAUCAAAUACAGAUCAGUCAAGUGAAAAGUUUCAAAGGGAUCCCGAGAACAUAAAUACGGAAAAUAUCGGCGCAAUGGGAGGAACUGAAGCUCUAGAUGGCGCUGCUGGUGAUUUGGAAGAAAUGCCAUACACGGAAGAAAAUACGCGCAAAGUGAACGAGUUAUAUAAACGAAUCACGUUGCAAAACGACAAGGACCCACGUAACGACGAAGCUACAAAUUAUGAAGACGAAAACAACCAAAAUGGAUUAAAGACCGGAGAGUGCGACGAGGUUUCGGAUUCGUUGCUCCAACGCCACUUGUUGAAGAGAGUCGAUUCAUGCGUAACUGAUGUGACGAUUGGUAAUUUAUCGACUUGUGUGAAUUGUUCGGCUUCUGAUUUUGGAGAUGGCGAUUUGGAGGGAGUAGAAUGGGCAGGCAAUGAUAGUGUGGAAGAUAUGGAGAAUAGAGAACAGGAAAGUGAUAAAGGCCUCGUUGGGCAGUCAGAAGGCGACGUGAAUUACCCCCACCCGAAUACAGGAGAGGAGGCAGGGAACGACUUCGAUGUGAGUGGGGGCAGCACGGUAGUUGAGGAGUGUCGCAAUGAAGAUGAUGCCAGACAUGAAGUCACGGGCGAUGUCGAUAUAAUUGCAAGGGACUGUGAAAUUAAAGACAAAUUUGAAGAUAAAAAUGAAAGUGAACCGAAAGAUGAAGGUGAAAGGUCAGUCGAGGAAAUUGAAGAUGUGAAAGAGGUUGGGCUGGAAAAAGAAAGUCUAUCAACAGAAGAUUCCAUGAACAAUGAUGCAGAAGAGGAAAGAACAGAAAUGACUGAUGGAUGGGACGACAUUCUGGGCACGGGUUGUUUGCGGAAAAAGGUGCUGAGAAAAGGAUAUGGCGAAGACACGAAGCCCAAAAAGGGAGAAAUGGUUACUGUGAAGUACUCUCUUGAAUCUAAAGAGGACAACUCAAGCCUGCUGUCUGAGACCAUACUCGACUUCAAAUUGGGAGAUGGAGAUGUCAUCGACGCUGUGGAUCUGUGUGUGCAGUUGAUGCAGAUGAAUGAACUGUGUGUGGUGGAGAGUGCCUCCAGAUUCGCUUUCGGAUCAAUCGGAUACAAACCUGCGGAAAUGAAGUCUGAAUUUGCACACGAUGCUCGUGGAUGGCCCGAUGUGGAGAUAGCUGCCGAUACGGAUGUGCGGCUGACUCUGGAACUUCUGAAUGCUAAAGACCUCCCAUCUGACUUUGCUCUCUACACUGGCGAACAACUCACAUAUGCGCUGCGAGUGAAAAAAGAGAAGGGAAAUUUCUACACCAGGAGAAAAGAGUGGGAGAAGGCCAUGAAUGGAUACAAUCAGGCACUCAAGCUCAUACAAGCAGAAGAGAAUGAGACCAAAUUGGGGGUUGAUGAGAUGCAACAGUGGACAGUUGCUAUACACAAUAACCUCGCGCAUUCUCAGCUCCACUGUGAAUUAUACAGACAGGCCAUAGUAUCAUGUGACUUCGUGCUAGAAAUACAGCCCAAUAAUGCCAAGGCGCUAUUCAGAAAGGCUACGGCUUUCUACCGUCUGGGAGAAAUAGUUGAAGCAAUCGAAGUGCUGAAAGUGGCAAGAGAAAUGCACCCGAAAGACAAGGAGAUCAGCAAUCUGAUGAGUGAAGUGCAAGAGAGAAGAAGAAUUGACUUGGCUAGAGAGAAGGAAGUCUACUUGCGCAUGAUGCAACCAACGAAUAAAGUGGAACCAAGCAACAAUAAUAUGUAUAUCAAAGAAUCAGAUGAUAAUUCAGACGAAACUCAGAAGACAGUCAUAAAGCAGAAAGAAGCAGGAAACUCAAAGACCCUGACCCCCUGGAAUCUGACUGCCUCUGAACUAUCUCUGGCUCUCUUCUUUCUAAUCUCCGCAAUCAUUCUCGUCCUAUUCCUAUCUUCCGCCCAAAAUAACCCAAACUCCAUUCCAUCCAGUAGCCAAGAUUCCAGUUGAGAAUAUAAACAAGGCCGUUAAAUAUGAAAAACAACUGAAAAUGAUUCGAUGAUUUGAGGAGCCCAUCAAUUUAGGAAACUUACCUCAAUUAUAUAGAAGCUACUUCGUUAUUAGAAUUAAACUAAAAUUUUGUGCUAAUAUGUAAAAUAGGAUGUAGUGUAGAAAGUCGGUUAUUUAAUAUUUUGUGUAUCGAAAGUUGGUUUUUGUUCAAGUUGAUGUCUUCUGUUUGCAAACCAAAAAUGUUCCAUAGAAUUGAAAUUGAUAUCCAUGUGAAUCAAA